UUCCUGUUACCUGUAGAAAAACGUUGCAAAGAAGGCUAAAGUGAGUGAGAAUGAUGAGGCCGGCAGUAGGGCAGGAAGCCCGGCACCCAACAGAGAGCCAGAAGGCGAACAGAAUGCUGAGGCACUGCCUCAGCUGUCAGACAGUGAGGAUGAGGCCAUUCGGAAUCAGCUGAGAAACCAGGAGGAGGAAUUCGUCAAUGAUUUCGAGGCCAUGUUGGCCAAGAAGAAGGAGGAGGCAGGAAGGCACAGGAGAAGAAAAAAUAAUGUAGACAUUAUCAAUGACAAUGAGGAACACAUAGCCAUUAUUGUUAGCAAGAUGCGAGAAGCCGCUGACGAGGACCGGCAGCUGAAUGCCAAGCGGCUGCCAGCAACCAAGAAAUCUGCAAUGCUGGAGCUUGCCAUGAGUCAGAUAAAUAAACAGAACCUGAUUGAGGGCUUUUUAGAUGCCAACGUGCUCUCAGCCCUGACAGACUGGUUGGCUCCCAUGCCAGACCGGUCACUUCCUGCUGUCAAGAUCAGGGAAGCUGUCACUAAGUGGUUGCUUUCGGUAUGUAACAGAUGGAAGACAUACUUGUGUACAAAUCCAACCUGUGACAGAGAGAAUAGCAUGACCCUUGCCCAGUGCAAUGUGCAAAGGCUAUGA